UUAAUUUAAGACAUCUCUGCAAAGGAGCUCCGUUUUUCUCAUUUUCAUUUUUGAAUAAAUAUAUAUAUAAACAAAAAUACGAUUCUUUAUUAAUUUGUAUAAUUGCCGGAGACGAUGCCGACGCCGGUGAGUGUAGUUCGGGAGUUUUUAACACCAGAAGCAACACUGGCAGUUGAUGAAGCGGUGGUUAUUGCAAGAAAAAGAAAUCACGCGCAGACAACUUCUAUCCACGCGCUGUCAGCUUUUCUUUCCUUACCUAAUUUUCCACUCCUUCAGGAUUCAAUUUCCAGAGUAAGAAGCUCGAUUUAUUCAUCUCGUCUUCAAUUGAAAGCUCUUAAGCUAUGUUUUAAUGUCUCUUUAGAUCGAAUUCCAUCAUCAAAAUCAAAAAAUCAGAAAAAUCAUGAUGAUCAUGGAGGUGGAGAUGGUAGUGGUGGUGGUCCCGAUGAUGAUGAUGAGCCACCAAUUUCAAAUUCAUUCAUGGCAGCAAUAAAACGUUCACAAGCAACACAGAAAAGAUACCCAGAGAAUUUUCAUUUGAACCAACAAAAUCAAAACACUGUAGUGAAAGUUGAACUGCAACCAUUGAUUUUAUCAAUUCUUGAUGAUCCUGUAGUUAGUAGAGUUUUUAGUGAAGCUGGGUUUAGAAAUUAUGAUAUUAAAGUAUCAAUUCUUCGUCCGCCACCAUCAACAACAUCAUCUCGGGUUUUUAGUUCGGCGCCAUUGUUUCUCUGUAAUUUCACUGAUAAUGAUGAAAUUAGUAGAAAAGGUUUCAGCUUUCCGUUUUCUUCUGGGUUUUCAAAUCCUGGGGGUUUAUCGAAUUCUGAUGAUGAAAUGGAAUUUAAGAGAAUUGUCGAGGUUCUUUUGAAUAAGGAACAAAGGAACCCGUUACUUGUUGGUGUUUCUGCUAAUGAUGUUCUUCAUAGUUUUGAAGAAAUCUGCGGGAGAAGAGGAGGAGAUGUUGCUGCUUUGCCUGCUGAAUUGACUGGAUUGAGAUUUAUUAGUAUUGAGAAAGAAGUGCUGGAAUUCAUGAAUGGAAAUGAAAAUGAGGGUCUGUUGGUGUCGAAAUUUCAAGAGUUGGAGAGAUUAGUAGUCCAGAGCUGUUCUGGUCCUGGAAUUGUGAUUAGUUUUGGAGAUUUGAAGGGUUUGGUUGAUGGAAAUUGUGAUGGGAGUUUUAUUGUUACUGAAUUGAUGAAGUUGUUGGAACAUAAUUCGGCAAAAAAAUUAUGGUUAAUGGGUUCUGCUUCUAGUUAUGAAACUUACUUGAAGCUGAUAAGAACAUUUCCAUCUGUAGAGAAAGACUGGGAUUUGAAGCUUGUGCCUAUUACAUCCAUAAAAGCUACUAUUGGAAGUGUUUGCGCAAGGCCACACAGUCUCAAGGAAUCAUUUGUUCCGCUGGGUGGGUUUUUCUCCACACCCUCUGAUCUGAGGCCACCGGCUAGCAAUAAUCCUUCCACGUCUUGUUGCAAUCUUUGCAAUGAGAAAUACGAACAGGAACUUUCUUCUAUUCUGGAAGGGGGAUCCAUUGUCUCAGUUUCAGAUCAUUACAAAUCAAGCUUCUCAUCCUGGAUGCAUCCGGACGAGCUAAGCCCAGAUAAGGUCAAUGUCGAUACAACGGUAUUAAAUGCUAAAGUAGUUGGGUUGCAAAAGAAAUGGAAUGAUAUCUGCCAACGCCUUGGUCACACAUCGCCAACUACCAAAGCCGAAAUUUCUCGUGUGGGAUCCCAACUUCCUCUACACAUUGUGGGAUUUCCAGUUGCUGAGAAUAGGAAGGACAAUGUGCAUCCUUCUCCAAGCAAAAGUUUGUCGGGGAAUGUUUCCCCUUCAACCGCAUCACCAAAGCUUCCCGCACUAAACCACAAAAUUCCAAUACAGCUAGUUUCUGAAGGUAAGGAUGAUGACAUUCGGCAAAAGCUACAGCAUGUAAGACCCUUGAGGAGUGAUUGUUUUCACAUUGAGGGUCUUAGCGCUCCUGCAACUUCUGUGACAACGGAUUUAGGUUUAGGAACACUCUAUGCUUCUAAUCCUAAGAAGAAACCAAAUAGUCCCAUAUUUCAAGCCCAUAAAGAGCGUCUUCAGGAGUUUUUUGGUUGCUCUCCUUUAAGAGUUGAUGUAGUUUCUACAAAUGCUUCAAGUACUCCAAUCCGCCCUUCAAGUACACCAAUCCUCCCUUCCUCGUACUCGAAUACUCAUGUAAGUGGGAACUUUGACCUAACAGAUAUCAAGACACUUUGGCAAAGCAUCGUCAAAAGAGUUGGUCGACAAAAUGAAGUCAUAUAUGAUGUAAGUGAAACCAUUUCUCAUUGCAAAACAGAAAAUGGAAGGCGUCGUGGUACAAGCCUGAGAGGAGAUAUAUGGCUCAGUUUCCUUGGUCCUGAUAGGGUUGCAAAGAAGAGAAUUGCUGAAGCACUCGCAGAGAUAAUUUGCGGGAGCAAGGAAAAUUUAACCGCUGUGGACCUAUGCUCUGAAGAUGGGAUGACUUGUUCUGGCACAAUUUUCGGAAGCCAAGAACUUAAUGACUAUGAUCUGAAAUUCAGAGGGAAAACGGUUGUUGAUUAUAUUGCUGAGGAGAUAAGGAAGAAACCAUUUUCGGUUGUGUUUCUUGAUAAUGUAGACAAAGCAGAUCCAAUUGCACAAGAGAGCUUGAUCCAGGCCAUCAAGACUGGUAAAUUACAUCAAUGGAACGGCAGAGAAGUAGCCGUCAAUCAUACAAUUUUCAUUGCGACAUCAGAAGUCAUGAAGGACCGUAAGAAUAUUUCUUCACGAAACGAACACAUCAAAUUCCCUGAGCAAAGAAUUCUGAGAGCCAAAAGUUGGCAAAUACAGAUUUCGGUUGGACGUGUUGCUGAGGGCACUGCCAUACUGAAAUACUCCAGUGUGUCACUCACUUCAGGAACAUUUGUCAACAAAAGAAAGUUGAUAGGCAUCAAUGAAACCAUAAAGCAGCCUGAGAUCUUUGAAAGGAUAAAAAAAGCGUGCAAAACAUCGUCAAGUAACUAUUUAGAUUUGAAUUUACCUGCAGAGGAGGAGACUGAAGAAAACGAUGCAAAUUGUUCAAACAGUGAGAGUAACUCUGCAUCGGAAAUUUCAGAAACAUGGUUGGAAGAUUUCUUCGAUCGAGUGGACAAAAAUGUAGUCUUCAAUCCAUUUGAUUUUGAUACUCUUGCAGAUAAAGUAUUAAAAGAGAUAGACAAGACCUUGCGUGACACAUUUGACGAGUCCAGUAAAAUUUUGCUGGAGAUAGAUUUAAAGGUCAUGGAACAGAUGCUUGCAGCUGCUUGGCUCAGUGACGAUAAAGCAUCCAUAGAAGCUUGGGUCAGUCAGGUUCUUGGGAGGAGCUUCACUGAAAUUCGGCAACAAUGCUUAAACGGCAGAAUUACAUCUGGGUCUGUUCUGAAGCUGGUUCCUUGUGAAGGUGUUCCAAUGAAGGAAGAAGCAAAUACUAUUCGCCUUCCAGCGACAAUUAUUCUAAACCUACAAUAGUUAGUUAUACUAUGGAAAAUUAUUGUUCUUGUAAUUAUCUACGUAGUAGUAGAUGUAUAACGUAGCUAUUGCAAAAGUUUUGCAUUCUAGGCUCUAGUUAUUACUUGAUGCAGUAUUGUUGAAUCCCAUAGUUUUAUUUGGGGUUCAUCAGUUAGGCAGACUAUCCAAUAUUGCUGUCUGCAUUUCUAAUAGUGAUUGCAGUUGGGAGAUAUGGUGGUGUCUGUGACUCUAUGUUAUAGUAGUGCUGACCAUACCCUGAAUUCAUUAAGCAUGAGAUAUUUAAUGAAA